GUGCAGAUCAAUUCAAUCUUGAUCUUUAAUCUAUAAUGCAGUACACAAACAUAUAACUUUGUAAUUAGUUUCAAAGGAUGCUAUUUUUCCAUGCAGGUACUCUGAAGAAAACAAUAAAGAUGAGGAAAUCAAAUUUUGUUGCUCUCUCCUAUUGUUUGAUACAGUUGGUUGUAACAUAUGAGCUGCCGGGUGAUUGUAAUUUCUUUAAUACCGUUCUCACAUGUCAGCGAUUAAUACCGAGUGAAAUUCCAGCUGGAACUCAAACUGUUUACAUCAAGGAUUACGAUAACAACAAUAUAGGACAAGGAAGAUUUGCACAUUCUAGUUGGGGAUCAGUAAAACAGUUUGAUAUUAAUGCCAAUAUUGAGAUAUACCUCCAAAUUAACAGUUUUGUAUUUCUUGGGUUAGAAAACAUGACAACACUCGGAAUCCAUGCCCGGAAGGGAAAUAUUAUAUAUGAAAAAGCUUUUGUCGGAGUUGAUCUUGUAGAAAAAUUGGACCUCUCUAAUAUGAUUUAUUUAGAAUCGGAAACACUUAUUAAACCGUUAUUGUAUGGUAACGUGUUUCCAAAUCUUCGUGUUUUAAUCUUAGAGAAUGUGAAUACGGAACAGAACAAUUUUAAUUUCAACUUUUCACGAAGUUUCGUCGAAAUGGUCAGGUCGAAAAAUAUAACAGAACUAAGUUUAAGAGGUACUAAUCUUCUAAUAGAAAGAAAUUUGAAUGCCAUUUCAACUGGGGUGCAUAUUCUAGAUGUUUCGAACGUAAGUGUUUCUGUUACAAAAGGUUUUAAAUUUGGCAUUACUUUUCCACAUUUAAAAAUAAUAAAUUUUUCUAACUCCGUAUCCAGAUAUUUUUCAAGCAAACGUUUUGCCAACCGCGUUAAAACUGCAUACUGCAACUUUGAAAGCCUUCCGUUAGCGACGCUAGAGAAAUUUUAUGCAAACUUCUUUUAUCGUGGUAAAGAGGUUUAUGUCAACAAUGUUACAAUUGAUAUUUCUGCACCGUGCUUUCAAGUGAUGAAGAUUGAAGUUUUACACCUUCGAGGAAACAUGCUACCUGUCCUGAAUGCAACAGUUCAUCUUCCGGUAAACUUCUCCCUAUACGAACUUGAUUUAUCCUUGAACAGCAUGACAUUUCUAUCUGCAUCAGUCUUAAAAGACAUGGUAAAUCUUAACAAUUUGUAUCUUGGUGAACAUCUAUUGUUCAAAAUGACAAGCCAUCCUGAUUUUAAAAUCCUUUUCAAACCUUUGCAAAGGCUUAAAAGAUUAUCACUUGCUUACAAUCAGAUAACAUAUAUUCCUGAACAGAUGUUUCUUCACAAUUUAGAUCUAGAGUGGCUGGAUUUGCAAGGGAAUUUUUUAAUGACUACAUCGUUUUUGCAUUCACAAAUGUCAAAAUUGAUCUUUCUCAAUAUAUCUCACAAUAGAAUCGCAUACCUCACUGGUGAUGAUUUAAUGAAACUAAAGAAAAUAGCUACCGGAAAUGGAAGUAAACUGCCAGAAGUUAUGAUGAAUGACAAUCCCUUUGAAUGCUCAUGUGAAAGUGUUGGCUUUAUAGAGACGAUUCGUACAAAUAUUUUGAAUAACACUGGACAAUAUAUAUGCAAUUUUGAAACAGAAAUGACCCCAAUCAAUGACAACAGCAUAGCAAAAGCGAAAUUUCUUUGUAUCAGAGCAAUUUUUUAUACCAUUUCUUCAGUUAUAUCUGUGUUGGUAGUUCUGUCAUUAUUCAUAACGUUCUUGUUAACUUUGCGUUAUUUUCGUAAAAAGCGACGACUAACCAAAUUACAAACUUUACUUCAAAAGUUCAACAAAGGUCUGCUACGCGAAAAUUUCCUCUGCUCACUAUCUUAUAGUGACAGCGAUGCGGAAGUUUCAAAUCAGUUAUAUAUACGUUUAGAGGCCUUACUAAAGGAUAUAACCAAAUGCGAAAGAGAUGCUAUAUGUAUUGAUUUUAAACAUUAUCGAGCAGGUAAAUCAAUAGUAGAAGAAAUUAUAAGAUGUAUCUCUGGAUCACUUGUUGCAGUAUUUGUAGUUUCUGAGGCCUUUUGUCGAAGUGAUUGGUGUUGUUUAGAAGUCAAAGAAGCAUACGAACAACAAAAACCAAUUAUUCUCAUCUUCGUGGAAGAGGUAUCGGAAGAAAGUAUGACGAUUUACAUCAGGAACAUAUUUAACCGUUAUACUCGGGGUAAGCUUGUUGAGACAGAAAACGGCGAAGUGGACUACAUGCCUGGUGGCCUUAAAGGACUUUGCAAUUCAAUUAUCUUGUUAGGAAGUGAGUCGAGCAGCCAACGGGUGACUCAAGUGUAAAGUACAUAAAAAGGAAUAAAAUAGUGAAACAGAAACAAAACAGAAACAAACAUUAAUUACUGACAAAUUUGAUAUUUUGAAGAUGCAAAAAUGAAUGGACAUUAUAGAACAAUAAUUUUAAAAUUUAUAAAUCGCAACACUUAAAGGAUGCACCUAAUUAAGUUUUUUCUUCAAAAUAUCAGUAUUUUUCUUAGCAAGAGAUAUAUAGAGAUAAACAUGUACUUGGUGUUUAUUGUAUAUGCAUAUGUAAGUUGUUCUAAGUCCCCAUACGUACAAAAACACACACCAAGUUAGGUGGUCCUUUUGAAAUUUGGUCAGAGAUGUAAAUCAUCCAGAGUUACGUCCUACUGUGAACUGACAAUGUCUCUAGUUGGAACGUUAAUGCCACGUCGGUAUAGAGAACAAUACAAAAGAGGCCUUAUUUUCAGUAAUGCCUUCACUGACAAUGAGUGGAAUGUUUGCCCAAAAACGUCAAACAUAAGAUAGACCAUGUGGCAUUUUGUCAUAAGUGAUAUGGGAUUACAUUACUAAAAGGAUUUGAUAAACUAACCUAGAAAUAUUCAAGUUGCUAUUCUUCUCAAUGUUAUUUUCAACGGGGUCAAAAAAUCUCGGUUUUUUUUUAUCUGAGACUGCUAUAUCUUAUUUUCAACAGCAGAACACUGAGUGGUUAUUACAAUGCAGUUCGAGGCCAGUUGACUGUGUACAUUUAGCAGUACAUGUUGAUAUUUGUAUAUAAUUAUCAUCCACUUGGUUCAUUGUUUCAAUAUUAUGUUUUACUUUAUGAAUGUUCUACGCAUAU